GUACAUGUUAGGCAGCUGAAGACCUUUCCUGAUCGCUGCCAUAUUACGGGAAUACGUCCCAACUGUUGUUAUAAAGUACAUCUACAGCUUCCCAAUCGACCAUGCAUCAAUACGGCCCCGUGCUCGACUUUCCAAUCAAGUCUAAGAUCGUCGCUAUUACUGGUGGAGGGUCGGGCAUUGGUAAGUGGCAUGGCCUUGCGGCGUGUGCUCAAGAGGUCGGAGAACAUCGCUGGGGGUUGUGCUUGGAGUCAUGAGGGCUCUUAUCAUGAACAACAGCAAGAACCGACGCUCCCAGUACAACUUCCCGACUCCUGACCGCUCACCCAAAAGAGCACCGUAGUGCGUUGUGGCGAGCUCCUUGCUCACGCUUAUGUUUUGUAGGCUUCGCCUUUGCACGCCUCUGCAACAUACGGGGUGCAAAGGUCCUGAUUGGCGACUUGAAGCUUGUUCCAGCAGCGCAAGAAUAUCUUGCCAGUGCUACUGAUAUGCACUUCCAGCAGUGCGAUGUCAGCCACUGGCAGUCCCUGCACGACCUCAUCUCAUCCAGUGUGAAUACAUUUGGCGAUGUUCCCGACGUUUACGUGCCCUCAGCCGGCCUCUUCGAGCCCCCGUCGAGCAAUUUCUGGGACGAUACCGAGGUGGAUUCUUACAAGACAAUCCAGAUCAACGUCAACCAUCCGAUCAAAUUCACCCGCCUAGCCAUGCGUGCUCUCGCUGGAGCGGAGAAGCAGGGCGUCGUUUGCUUGUUGUCUAGCACGGCUGGUCUUGGUGGCCAUUAUCUGGCUAAUCUGUAUACAGCUUCAAAACAUGCUGUACUUGGCUUUGCGAAGUCCAUGGGUCAAGCAGAUGUCGAUGAAGGCGUCAAAAUAAUUUGCGUCCUUCCUGGCUUGGUCCAAACGCCUUUGUGGGAAGAUCGAGAAGACGACCCUGCAGCGUGGGAACAGUAUUUGAAGAUGUUGAAGUCCGGGCUACAACCUGAAGAUAUAGCCAAUCUGAUGCUGAAGAUGAUCGAAAGCCGAGAAUAUGAAGGAGGCACUUGCGUCCUGAAAGUGACCAAGGGAGAAGAACACACCCAAGAAGAAGGGUUCUCGAAAAAGGCUGCGAAAAGCAAUUCUGAUCCCAAGCCCGAGCCGGAUUUGAAGCGCAUCCAGAGCCUCAUGCGAGCAGAGAGAGGCAAGAAAUGGACAUAGUUGAAGAUAGGGAUUUCUGUGUUCGUUGUUCUGUCAGGAAGUCAAGUUGGGUCUAUCGAAGCACCUCGCAGCUCCGAUAGCCCAUCUUGGGCGCAAACACAGACCGAAGGUUUCUCCAGAACUCGCUCAAUCGGUCCCAGUGCGUCCACUGGCUGGCGUGUCGGCAGCAGGCUGUGAGUUGGAUCUAGAGGGUCCCUCCUCCGGAUCUGGCAGUAGACCAUUAGGCAGAGCAAUGUUCAAAGCAGCCAAAAUUUUGCAGCUCUCCCUCUGCUUUCCAACUUCUGUCAUCCGUUUCGUACGUCUCCUCAGGUCGACCCCAACCUUGUUCUGUACUGCUGAGCCCGCGUAUUUCCAGUCAGGUUGCGGACGGCACUUGUCGGCACGCAUGUGUAGCCAUUUACGCAUCGAGUCCAUAAUCUUCGGGAGAGUCGGCUCCGCUGUGUUUAAAGUGAUGAGGAGGUUUUUGUUCUUCUUCAGAUGCGUCUCUUCGUGAGGCGGCACUCGCUUAAUCCAGAGAAGCAAUCCAUCGAAAUUGAAGUCGGUGACUGCACACUUGAUGGGGCAAGUUGCAUGCAUCAAGGGUAAUACCUCAUUGCGGACUUGUCUCGAAGUGAGAGUUAGGGCAUGGGGCGAAGGGAGCCUUCGCGAACUGUUGUCGGGCGUAUCUGUGCCGUGCUUCGGACUGGUUGGCAGGAUAUGGAUCACGACCUUCUCCAGAGCCAGUCGGUAAAUCUCGAUGCGCAAUUCCGCGGGCAAGUCGAAGAAGGAGGUCUUGGAUCCGACUGGUGGUGCAAGCUUGGGUGGUGCUGGCUGCAGUGCGCGGUAGGUGAGUUUUCGAGCCAUUACGGGUGGUGGUCGAGGAAGAAAGCCGAAUUACGGUGUGCGAAGGGCGAUGCGCUGCUUUUGUUGGGUCGCUGACUAGCUAGCUCUGCAUGGUCCAUACGCGCAAGAGGAUGGAAGCGAACCGUGAAGCCAGCACAGUGGUACCUCCGAGUGGUAAGUAGUAAAGUAGACUGCUGCCAAAUUGACAGAGGGCGCACGCCGUGACGCCGCGCGCGAGGCUGGCCAGAAUAAUUACUUUCCGUGGAUUUGACUCCCAGGCUCCCUUGCCUUUUGCCGCCAACCGCUAUAGGAUUCCAGAGUCACGCCAGGCGGCCGGAGUGUCCAGUGCACAUGCUUGCCGGUCGACGUGAGACCAGUAUUGGGCCGGAGGAAGUUUGAGGGCGGCCGCGCUGUGGCCGAGCGGAAGGGUGUCAAGUCGGCAGGAGAGGUCCACUACUACGUGUACAGUACCUACCUGACCUACCU